AUGUAUCAACCUUCUGCCUUUACUCCUAUAAAGCACACCAAGAAGCAAUCGAACCCUAAAAAUAUUGAUACUGAGAUAAAUCUCUCUGAUGUCAUUACUGAUGACAUUCCCCUCGUGGUCGUUCCUGGCCAUGCAACACCUAUAAGGAAGGCUAGAAAAUCUUCUUCGAGAAAAGGAAAUCCCUCCAAAGUAAGUAGCUCUUACUCUCCAUCCAUGGCUGCUAGAAAUGUUAAAAUUCUUGAACCUUCUACUGCUGUAAAGAAACCUCAUUAUAUGACUAGCCUGUACCUUGAUCCCAUUAAUGUCGAACCUAAUGUUGGUGCUUCUGAAGAAUGUCUUAUUAUGCCAAAUUUUAUGGAAGAUGUUGAAGCCUCUAAAACUAGUAAUAAACCUAGGUCUAUUACUACUUUGAGUAAAUCUAUCAUGAUUGUUGCAGACAGAGAUGACGUAGAUAAGAAUAUUCGUGUUCUGAUCUCUCAAAUUUUGGGUAUUAAACCCAAGACUGGUGUUGUAUUGGAUGUCUCCACAUCCUUGACCCAACCUAAUAACACUACUGAAACCCCUCUGGAUAAAUCUGAUGUCAAUGUGUCUACUCUGUCUCCUGAAAAAUUGAAAGACAAAGAGGAGUCUGAUGGGAUGUCUGGUGAUCUGGCUGACAAAGAAGAAAACUCUUUAGAGAAAAAGGAUCAAUCUACUAACAUAGUGAAUAUAGAGGAUUUGGACUAUGAUGAUGUUCCCAUCGGUCAAAGACUGGCUCCAGGAAUAGCUAAAAGGUUGAAGAACACUAAAGGUCAAGCUAUUAAAUCCUCCAACACACCCUCUAAAUCUCUCAAGAGAAGAACAAAUGUUGACCCUACAAAAAUAUGGAGCAAGGUUGUUACUCCUGUUUCUAAUAAGAAAUCUCUUAAGAGGAAGGAAUUUCCUUCUGAGUCUAGUGAAUCUGACCAUGAUGUCGAACAUAAUAUUCAGGACAUUGUUUCUAUUGCCAGAAAGCAAGCUUCUGGGAAAAAGAUUCCAGCAAAUAUUCCUGAAGAUCCAAUUGACAAAAUUUACUUUCACUAUAUGGAGAAUGUAGAAAAAUAG